AUGGACGAGGACGACAAUGCCGAUAAUGCUACCUCCCCCGAUCACAAUAAGCAAUCUCGACGGGAGCGGCUCAAGGGAGCACUCGCCCGUACUAAGAGCAAGUUCAAAAAGAACACCAGUGAUACAAAUGAAGAGAGGGAUCUGCCGGAUGACGUGAAUGAGUUCUUGGCUGCGGGUAGACCAUCUACCUCGAGCGGACCAGGGCAGGCAGACGGCCUUUCACAUCCUCCUACUCGUACGAAUGCUACCGCCGACCCCGACCAGAGCUCUCCGGCUUCUACAAGACCAUCAACAUCGGAAUCAUUCACCAACCCCUUCGGCCAUCAACGUUCACCAAAGAAGGUCUCAGUUCCAAGGAUAGACGUCUCUAGUUCUCAGCGUUGGCCUCGAGCUCAACCGAUUGGGACGUCGGAACAGGACAUCAACGACUUCUUACGUCCUGAAUACCAGGGACGCAGUCAAUCGGUCAGCUCAUUCUCCAACAAGCCAAAACGAAAGGGACGUGGCAGGGGACUCAGUGUUUCUUUCAUCGAAGCUCCUCCUGUCAUUAUUGGCGAAGGCGGUGACGAUGCACCUACCCCUCCGGUCGAGAUCUCAAAGGCGAGACAAAGGGCCAGAUCUGCCUCGCCGAUGCCCAGCCGUGGCCCGGCUCAGUCGCGUGACCACCCCGAAAGUCCCAUGAACGGCGCCUACGACCAACGAAAGCGUCCACCCCCUCCUGCGCCGCGGCAGGGACACGCUCCGCCGGACGUUCUGCGGCCUAGAAUGCUUCAGAGAGUGCAAACAGGGAACUUCUCAGGGGGCACAUUGGGGGUGUCCGCCUUGGAUAAAGAAUUCGAAAUGACGCUGCGGUUGGGGCCAAAUGCAAUCAACUCGCCGGUCAGCCCGGGAGGAUCACCUAAUACUCCAGAGCUCCUGGCUCCGAAACCGGUACGGAUCGUGCACCCCCGCCCCCAGUGCUAG